UCAUGAAAGAAACAAAACCAUUUCUGAGCAUUAGGGUUGCGGCAGUGACACUGUAACUCGCAGUGAAAAUGGCCGCAAAGUUUUCCCGCAAUGUUGGAUUACAUGCGGUUAUUGUUUUGUUUAUAUAUUGGAUCAACGCUCACACCUGUUUAGGAUUUAAAAAAGAUCCUCGUAGUCAGUUUUACGGCCAUGCUGUUGUACAUCCAUCAAUAUAUACAGAAGCUAGAGAAAAAAGAGAUCUACACUCUGUUAAGGUUAAUAAUGAAGAAAAAUUAACUAUAGGAUUUGUAGCAUUUGAUAGGAAUUUUCUAUUAGACUUAAGAAUGAAUAAAAAUCUUCUUCCUACUCAUUAUUUUGAAAAACAUCAAGAAAAUGAUAGCUACAUCACUCAUUUGCCUAUGAAAUAUGAUCAAAGUCACUGCCAUUAUCAGGGUCACUUGAAAGGGAUUAACAACUCAUGGGCAGCAAUCAGUACAUGUAAUGGUAUCAGUGGGGUUAUUUAUGAUGGUAAUGAUUUGCAUUACAUUCAGCCAGAUCAUAGAUAUGACGAUGAAAGACAUCUGGUCUUUCGAGCUUCUGAUUCAGUGCCUCAAAAUUUAACUUGUGGUUACUCAGGUUCCUUAGAUACUCUAGUCACAAAUCCUGUUUUUGAUAAACUAAAAAGGACCAAGCGAUCAACUGUGUUACAAGCGCCGUACAAAAGUAAUGAAAAAUCCCGUUUUGUGGAGCUCAUAAUUGUUAAUGAUAACAGAGAAUAUAAAGAAUUUAACCAAGAUAAAAAGGCUGUUUUUGAAAGAAGCAAAAUUAUUGCAAACAUUGUGAAUGGGCUCUACGCCCCAUUAAAUAUAUUCAUUGCUCUUGUUGGUGUGAUCGUAUGGUCCGAUCAUGAUGAAAUCAAGUUGUCAUCUGAUGGGGAUGCAACUUUAGCUAAUUUUUUACAUUAUCGACGAGAACGACUUGCUCAAGAACAUCCAAAUGAUAAUGCUCAACUCAUCACAUCUUUGACAUUCGAUGGUGGUGUUGUUGGUAAAGCUCUUAAAGGUCCAAUAUGCACUUAUGAAUAUUCAGGAGGCGUUAAUAUGGAUCACAGUCAUGUUGUUGGGUUGGUUGCAACAACCAUGGCACAUGAACUAGGACAUAAUUUUGGAAUGGAGCAUGAUACUGACGAAGAAUGCCAAUGUCCUGAUGAAAAGUGCAUCAUGGCUCCUUCUUCGAGCUCUACCAGUCCUCGACAUUGGUCAUCCUGUUCCAUUGAGUAUUUAGAGUUAGCAUAUUCUCAGGGAAUGGAUUAUUGUCUUAAAAACCUUCCAACUGCAGUCAUUGGUCCAGUGUGCGGAAACGGCUUUUUGGAAGAAGGUGAAGAAUGUGACUGUGGCUUGAAAGAGUUCUGUGACAAUCAUUGUUGUAAUGCCACUUCAUGCAUGUUGUAUGAAAAUGCUACUUGCGCUAUGGGAGGCUGUUGUGAUGUUGACACAUGUCAGGUGAGAAAAGUGGCAACUCCUUGCCGAGCUUCUAUUUCAGAAUGUGAUCUUCCAGAAUACUGUGAUGGUCUUUCAGAGUUCUGCCCAUCCAAUACCUUUCGCCAAAAUGGGGGUCAAUGUGGAAAUGAAAAAGCCUACUGUUAUGAUGGUAAAUGUCAGUCUCAUCAGGAUCAAUGUAAACUUCUCUGGGGGCAAACUGGAAAAAUGUCUGACUUAAGAUGUUAUGAGCAAAAUUUUAAAGGCAAUGUUAACGGCAACUGUGGUUACAACCGAGUGAACCAGACUUAUAAAGCAUGUCGAAAAGAGGAUAUUUUGUGUGGUAUGCUCCACUGUUCACACCUCAAUGAAAAAUUGGAGUUCGGAUUAGAAUCUGCUGCAAUUUUGGCACGUUCUUUUAUAAAUGUAAAGGGAAAGGUAUUUACUUGCAGAUCUGCAAUUGUUGACUUGGGAUUAUUUAACACUGAUCCUGGUUUGGCUCCUAAUGGUGCCAAAUGUGGCGAUGGAAAGUCUUGUGUCAAUCAAAAAUGUGUGCCAGUCAAUACAAUUCAGAAAACUGUUUGUCCAUAUGGAUGUAGUGGAAAUGGGGUUUGUAACAAUCGUGGGCACUGCCACUGUGAUAAUGGUUUUGCACCGCCAUACUGUGAUUCUCCUGGUGCUGGAGGAAGUAUUGAUAGUGGUCCAGCAUCAGACCCCAGCAAAAACUUUGUUGUUAUGGCCAUGUAUAUAGUAUUUUUGGGUCUGUUGCCUCUUGCAGUCCUCACUGCUCUUGCAAUCUAUUAUUAUCGCAGUCACCUUAAAACUUGGUGGUCCAAGAAAGCACACAAAGCAAAUAUAAAAUCCAGAACAAAAACCAAUGCUCAAAGAAAAGCACAGCCAUCUACAAAGUUUAAUUUUGAUCGGAACAGCUUGCGCACCUUGGAAAUUUCUUCUCCAAUUCAAAUUCCCCCUCCUGCUGUACCCUUCAGCAAUCAUCCAUCAAUGCCUUCAACUUUACCAAACAAAAAUGUUAAUAACCUUUGCCAAGUCCACAUAUCACCUCCUAUCCCUCAAAGCUCAACAAAUAAUAUUCCUAGUAACAAAUUUAUUCCAGUUAGACCAGCUCCUCCAAGACCUGAAAAUGCUCCAAAAAGAGUUCCAUCUUGGACACCGGCAACCGCCGUUGCGCCACACGCAAUAGCAAGAACUGCAAGUCUGAGGAGUCCGACCGAAAACAGUGCUGGAAACCGACCUCUUAGUGCGUCUACUUUUAGACCUAGUUGCCCACCCCCGCGACCACCUCCCCCAAAAAGUCCACCUCCUCAUCAACAAGAUCCAUCGGUACGCACCUACGAAGACAUUUCGAGGCCUUGUGACACUGAACGUUCAGAAACGCCUAAUUCAUCUUUUUAUGACGACUGUCAAACCCUUGACUUUAGUGAUACUCCUCUUGCAUUUGUUCAUAAACCAGCAAAGGUGGGUGACAGCAAAGAUUGUGAUACAGCUUUUCACAGCCAGAGUAAUAACGUUGCAGCUGGUAGAGUAGGUUCAGUUAGCAAAGAGAAAGCAAAAAGUAACAGACCUUCAAUGCUUCGGCAAGGAGAAAAUACUUCCAAGGUCUUACCUCGCGUUCCUAGGACAAAUGAAAAUUCAGUUGUUGCAUCUUUGGCUCAGAGAUUUGAGAAACAGGAUGCAUCUAAACUUGAUUAUUCAACUGACAUAGCUUUGAGACCUCCUUUUAAAUCGAGGCCUCUGCCACCUCGACCGGAUAAUACAAACGUUUAAAUUGUGAUGAGACUUUUAUUAAAUUUUCAACCAAAAAAUGAAAGACUUUUUGUUGCAUACUAUUUUAUUUAUUAUAAAGACUUCUCAGAGAGAGUUUAUCGCUGUUGAUCAAUAAAAACUGUCCUCAAGUCAGAUACAAUGGCUUGGUUGCAGUUAUAUUGAUUAAAAUUUUAUAUUACUAGAGCUUGAUUUUUUUUUGUUUUUUGAACAAUUUAUUUAUCAUAUUUAUAAUGGAUCAUUGACUCUGUUCCUAUUAUUGAUAGCAUUCUAUCAUUCAAAGAAUGCAUUGUGUUUAUUUUAUCAUUGUGAUGCAUGAUGUUUAUUAUUAUCAUAAGUUCAUGUUAUUAUUUCAAUUUGGUUUGGUAUUUUAUGUAAAGAGCAGAAAAAACAAAUAAUCUGUGAUCAGUUUAUAUUGUUGAACUACAUUUCAUAUUUGUUGUAUGCUAUAAUUGACAAUUUUUUUCCCUUUCACAUUGUUACAAACAUUUUUCACUACUUCAUAUUGUUGCUGCUCUCAUUAUAAUUGCAUGUUUUUUGAAUUAAGUCUUGUUUUUUGACAUACCAAAAAAAAUUGCAUACAUUAAUAAUUGUUUAAUAAUUUACAAUAAUCCUGGUUUUAUAAUACAAAAUUUUCUGUCAGUCAGAUUGAUGUUACUCACAUAGAAGACAUAUAAAAAGUGUAUUUCUUUAAAGAUCUUUUUUAAUCAAAAA